UUUUCAAGAGUCGCUGUUGUAUACAGGUGUGUUAUAAAAUUUAAAUAGUUGUAAUCUGUUUUUAUAUUACGUUUAUAUAUAGAUAUACUAUUUCGUAUAUAUUAAAGCAUAAUGGACUUUCAAUAUAUAAAUAAUGUAGAAAAUUCAACAUAUAGUAAACAACAUAAUGAACCUAUACAAUAUGGAACUUCUGGCUUCCGAACUAAAGCAGAGUUCUUGGAACAUGUACUUUAUCGAAUGGGCCUUUUAGCCGUACUUAGAUCAAAGAAAUGUAAUGCUGCAAUUGGAUUGAUGAUAACGGCUAGUCACAAUGUAGAAUCAGAUAAUGGUGUUAAAUUGGUUGAUCCUAAUGGGGAGAUGUUAAAAGCAUCUUGGGAAAUAAUAGCUAAUAAUUUAGCUAAUGCAAAUGACACCGAUCUUGUAACUAUUAUUCAACAUAUUAUAAGUGAAGAAAAAAUUAAUAUGUCUGCAAAUGCAAUAGUAAUAACAGGCAGAGAUACAAGACAAAGUGGUUCUAAUUUAUUAGGUGCUGCAGUGGCAGGUAUUAAAGCCUUGAAUGGUGUCGUAAAAGAUUUUGGAAUAGUUACCACACCUCAAUUACAUUAUCUUGUUUUUUGUACAAAUACAAAUAAUAAUUAUGGAGAAUCGACAUUAGAAGCCUAUUAUAAUAAAUUUUCCAAGGCUUACAAACGUAUGAGAGAAUAUAAAAAUGUACUUAUUAAUGACAAAUAUAUAGCAGAAUUACAUUUGGAUGCGGCAAAUGGUGUUGGUGCACUUGCUAUGAAAGAAUUUCAAAAACAUCUAGAUUCUGUUCUCAAAGUCAAUAUUUAUAAUGAUGGAAAUGGAGAACUAAAUUACAUGUGUGGAGCUGACUAUGUUAAAAUACAUCAAAAAGUACCAUUAAAUAUGCAACUUGAAGCAAAUGUUAAAUGUGCUUCUAUAGAUGGAGAUGCGGACAGAAUAGUUUAUUUCUAUAUAGAUGAAACAAAAAAAUUUCAUAUUCUCGAUGGAGAUCGUAUAGCUACACUUGUAGCAGGCUACAUCAAAGAACUUCUUCAAGAAAGUUCUUUGCAAUUAAAUCUUGGCCUAGUUCAAACUGCAUAUGCUAAUGCAAGUUCAACUAUUUAUAUUUCGCAGAAAUUGAAAGUUCCAGUUGCAUGCGUUUCAACAGGUGUAAAACAUUUGCACAGUAAAGCAACAGAAUUUGAUAUUGGUGUUUAUUUUGAAGCAAAUGGUCAUGGGACUGUUGUUUUUAAGGAAACGGCUAUCCAAUCUAUUUCAAAUGCUGCCGAAAAUCUUACGUUGGAAAAAAAUGAACGUACUGCUGCUGGAAAAUUAGUACAUAUAAUAAAUAUAAUUAAUCAGACCGUUGGUGAUGCCUUAAGUGAUAUGUUGUUAAUAGAAACUAUUUUACAUGCUAAAGGAUGGAGCAUUAUUGAUUGGGAACAAUGUUAUACAGAUUUACCAAACAAACAAGUAAAAGUCAAAGUUAAGGACAGAAAUAUUAUUACAACGGCUAAUGCAGAAAGACAAUGUGUUACCCCGAUAGGAUUACAAAAUGAAAUUGAUAAAGUUACAGCCAAGUAUUCGAAAGGAAGAAGCUUUAUCAGACCUUCCGGUACUGAAGAUAUAGUACGCGUGUAUGCAGAAUGUGAAAAUCUAUCUGAUGUCAGCAAAUUGGCCACAGAAGUAUCUUUACUUGUUCAUAAACAAGCUGGAGGCAUUGGACCAGAACCUACUUUCUGACAAUGACAUUGAUCUUAUCUCAAACUACAUCUUUUUAUCUAAAUCUGCAUUUAGUCUUAUUAAAAAGAAGACAAUAAGAUCAUUGAUUUUUAAGUUGGUCAUCAUUCUUUCCUUUUAUAUUUUUAGCUGGAUUUAUACGACUGUAAUUUUUGAUCUCAAAAUUUUGUAAUCAAAUAUAGGUGAAUUAGGAAAUAAUAAAAAUAACUUUAGAAAUUUACAAGAUAUUAUAAAA